AACUAUUUUUUCGUCCAUCUUUUUCUCUCUCUUAUCUACUUUGUUUGAAGAUAAAAAGAAAGAGAAAGAAACUGUUUAGAUCUCUCUCUUUCUUACGUACACACACUUUCAACUUUUCCUUCUCCCCAGCAAUAUCUUCCGUGUGUUUCUGUGUCCUAAUUCCAACUAAUUUCAAAAAUCCUCAUCAUAUUCAUGUCUUCCACAUUCUAGGGUUUUCAAUUUCAAUGGAUCUUACAAAUGAUGACGACGACGGAGACUCACAUAAGUCCUUCGAUUCCGUUCGUUGUUCAAUUUGCCUCGACUUUGUUUUUCAUAACGGUGCUAGAUCCUUUGCUAAUCUUCAAUGCGGUCAUGAAUUUCAUCUUGAUUGCAUUGGCUCGGCCUUCAAUAUGAAAGGGGCAAUGCAAUGUCCUAAUUGUCGGAAGACUGAGAAAGGUCAGUGGCUUUAUGCUAAUGGCAGUCGAUCAUAUCCAGAAGUCAAUGUGGAUGAUUGGACACGUGAUGAGGAUCAAUAUGAUCUCAGCUAUUCUGAAAUGUCCCUGGGAGUUCACUGGUGCCCCUUUGGUAACUUUGCCCAACUUCCUUCUUCAUUCGAAGAACGUGAAUUUUCACCAACUGCAUAUCAUGAUGCACUGGGACAACAUGCCAUGUAUACCGAGCCUUCGGCUGUGUCUUCGAGUAGUCAUCCUUGUCCAUAUGUUGCUUACGUUGGACCGGUGCAUCCCUCCACCUCCAACUCUGGUGGAACUGUGUCAGAAGUUUCGAAUUUCAAUCACUGGAAUGGUCCGCCUAUACAUGGUGACAUGUCAACCUCCUACACAAUUCCUGCAGUGGUUUUUCAUUAUCACAGUUGGGAUCACCAUUCCUCGCAUUUCUCCUCUGGCAGCAGCCGCCUCGGUGCUGCUGAUCAGCCCUCCUUGCCACAAAGUAAUCAAAGGCCGGCCAGGGGUGGUUCAGAGGUUCCUAGAUCUGGAUCUUAUAUGCAUCCGUUCCCUGUUGGUCACAGUUCUACUGCUAGACCCGGGAACUCUGCUGCAUCUUCAAUGAUUCCUCCUUAUCCUGGCAGCAAUGCUCGUGCUCGUGAUAGAGUCCAAGCGCUUCAAGCAUACUAUCAACCACAGCAACCUCCAAAUUCUACCACAAUACGGACACCUGUUGCUACCAGCACUCGAAGAUCCAGCAGUCACAGUGGAUCAACUUCAUUGGCAUUGAUGACCUCUACACCAGACCAAAGUGGUAGCUACGUUUAUGUCCCAGGACGCAAUUUUCAAGAAGAAACACGUCUUCCAAGUCACUUCCAUGCUUGGGAUAGAGAUCACUUGCCUUCGUCCUCAAUAAACCAAGUUGGUAGAGAAUCAAGUUGGAGAACGUACCACCAGACUGCCAGCGGAUCAGACCCAGGUUUCAGAUCUACCAACUUUCGAGUAAGAAGUGAUUCGGAGAGAACGUCUUCACAAAAUCGAUGAUACACAUAAUUUCUGUCAAAAACUACCAUUAUUAUGGAAAAUCAAAAUUUGUGUAUGAUUGUAAAAUGUUACAUAAUGCGUUGGCCGGGUUGGCAUGUUAUCUUAAACUCUAUAUACUCUGGCUAGCCUUGGAAUUAAUCUUUCUGGCAGCCAUGAGGCAUUGUGAAUGGACAUUGGCUUCCUCUGGUUUCGUUGCUUUGGAAGGCAUAAAAUAAGAUAUCAGGUUUUGUAAAGUAAUUUUGAGGCGUUACCAUCUCAAAUGAUAAAUCGAGUGAAUGAUAGCGGUGAUUGGAUU